GCCUCCUGACCCUGCUCAUCGUCUGCACCCUGCUGGGCAACGUGCUGGUGUGCGCGGCCAUCGUGCGCAGCCGCCACCUGCGCGCCAAGAUGACCAACGUCUUCAUCGUGUCUCUGGCUGUGUCCGACCUCUUCGUGGCGCUGUUGGUCAUGCCCUGGAAGGCGGUCGCCGAGGUGGCCGGUUACUGGCCCUUUGGGUCCUUCUGCGACAUCUGGGUGGCCUUUGACAUCAUGUGCUCCACCGCCUCCAUCCUUAACCUGUGCGUCAUCAGCGUGGACCGCUACUGGGCCAUCUCCAGGCCCUUCUGCUAUGAGCGCAAGAUGACCCAGCGCGUGGCGUUGAUCGUGGUCGGCCUGGCCUGGACCUUGUCCAUUCUUAUCUCCUUCAUCCCAGUUCAACUGCAUUGGCACAGGGACAAGGCAGGCUCCUGGGGCGGGGUGGAACCGCCACCCAGCCUGGCCAACGGGACGCCCUGGGAGGAAGCGGGGGAGCCAGAGGCGAGGGCCGAAAACUGUGACUCCAGCCUGAACCGAACUUAUGCAAUCUCCUCUUCGCUCAUCAGCUUCUACAUCCCCGUGGCCAUCAUGAUCGUGACCUACACGCGCAUCUACCGCAUCGCCCAGGUGCAGAUCCGCAGGAUUUCCUCCCUGGAGAGGGCCGCGGAGCACGCGCAGAGCUGCCGCAGCCGCGGGGCCUGUGCCCCUGACACCAGCCUGCGGACAUCCAUCAAGAAGGAGACCAAGGUCCUCAAGACCCUGUCGGUGAUCAUGGGGGUCUUCGUGUGCUGCUGGCUGCCCUUCUUCAUCCUUAACUGCAUGGUCCCCUUCUGCAGCCGGCGCCCCGAGGGUCCUCGGGCUGGCUUCCCCUGCGUCAGCGAGACCACCUUCGACGUCUUCGUCUGGUUCGGCUGGGCCAACUCCUCCCUCAACCCCGUCAUCUACGCCUUCAACGCUGACUUCCGGAAGGUGUUUGCGCAGCUGCUGGGGUGCGGCAACCUCUGCUCCCGCACCCCGGUGGAGACAGUGAACAUCAGCAAUGAGCUCAUCUCCUACAACCAGGACACCGUCUUCCACAAGGAGAUUGCAGCUGCCUACAUCCAUAUGAUCCCCAAUGCCGUGACCCCGGGGGACGGGGAGGGGGACAAGGAGGAAGAGAGCCCUUUCGAUCGUAUGUCCCAGAUCUCUCAGACGUCCCCAGAUGGUGACCCUGCGGCCGAGUCUGUCUGGGAGCUGGACUGCGAAGGGGAGAUUUCAUUAGGCAAAAUAACGCCUUUCACCCCAAAUGGAUUCCAUUAAACUGCAUAAGAAGCGCCCCUCCUGGAUCUACAUAGCUGCGCAGACAUUAACAAGCAUGCAGAAUACACACUCACCAGUACACUUCCAGUGCUGCUCAGUGGAUCACAUUUUCUGUGUCUGUGUAGUAGCCCACGGGCUUAGAAACCUCACCAGACUGAUUUGCUUUUGAAAGAACCGGCAGAAGCGUUUGGCAUAAACUCAGUCAAAUAUACCCCAGCCUAGCAGAAAUGGACCAAUGGUCCAGUUAGAGAAGAGAAAGUGGUGUUUGGUUCU